UCUCAACAGGCGCUCGAUCAAAGCAAGGUGUUUUCGUUCGUUUCCUUGCCUGGCGUAAACCAAAAGAAGCGCCCAAGACGUAAAUACCAUGAGGUCGAGCGACUCUACCAAUGUAAUUUCCCAGAUUGCACAAAGGCGUACGGCACCCUAAACCAUCUAAAUGCCCAUGUUUGUAUGCAGGGUCAUGGUCUCAAGCGUCAUCCUAAUGAAUUCAAAGAAUUGCGCAAACAAUGGAGACGCCAAAAACGCGAAAACCAGGCCCUUGCC